GUGCGUGUGCGUGCGUGUGUGUGCGUGUGUACACACACAGUGUAUUUAUUUUCACCUGACCUUGACUUUAUCAUGUGUAGACAGCUGACUGCCACAAAGUCUAAACAUCGGUUCUAAAAUCAAGCGGAGAAAAAAGUCUCUCUGAAGUGAAACCUGGAGUAAUUCCUGAUCCACGCCGGAGCCGAGGGUGAAGUUCGGGCUGCAGAUGGAGUUCACACCUUAAACUUUUAGAUCUGUAUGAGAGUUUGCCUUCAAGAAUCUGAUGUUCAUUCAGAUUUCUCCAGAAUUCGGUCCGCUCUGCUGAGUGAGAAGAAGAGGAAACCAGUAACAAUGGAUGUGGUCAUUCAUGAAAGUUCAGUAUGAAAGGAAUCAUGUGGCUAAUCUCGUCAGGAGAUGAUGACCAGUUCCACUCAUCAGUUUUUAUUUGUGUUUAAAGAGUUGUGCGAUUUGCUUCAUCAUGCUCUGAGAGAUGUGCUGGUUGUCUGUUCAAGUCUGAGCAUGACCUCUGCGUCAUGAACCCUGUGCGUCACCCAGGUUGAAUCAGUGUGUUUGGAUUUACCGGUCCAUGUGAGUGAGCGCCAAACCCCGGGGCGGGCUCGUAGGAGGGCAGCUCAGGGAGGUCAUGUCAGUGUCCGUGAAGGAGCUGUACGAUGAUGAAGAAGCUCGGGAGUCGGACCGAGACAGCGCCAUCGAGAGCGCCGCCGGAUCUGAGCUCUCGGAUAGUGGAAAAGGAGGAGACAAGGAGGAAGGACUCCGAAUGUUCUUACCUCGGCAGAAGAGCGGAGAGCAGAGCCUGAACCCCUCCGUGACCUCUGACCUUUCGACACGCUCGCUGAACGAGGAGCAGUUUGAGGAUUAUGGAGAAGGCGACGAUGUUGACUACAGUCCCAUCAGCCCUGAGGAUGAGACGCACACUAAUGGGUUCUCCGACCUCGGGUCCUCUGUACCUUCCAGUGCCACUCACACACCCCAGAAGGUGAGACAGGUGAGCGGGGAUCAUGAAGUGUUUUGCUCAAACUGCUGCAAAAAAGUCACUCAGCUCAAUGAGCUUGAGACUCGGCUCAAGAACCUCAAAACACACAGCCCUAACAAGAAAAUUUCCAGUACAGCAUUUGGCAGGCAGCUGCUCUACCACAGUAAUCUCAGCAGUAGGAACGGCAGCACAGAAGACCUGUUCAGAGAAGGCAGCAUUGAUUAUUGUGACACUGACAUCGCUGACAAGGUGAGUCAGUUAGAGAAGAAGCUGUAUGAGCUGGAGAAUGAGAGUCUGAUGAACACUGAUGUGCAGUCCAAACUCAAGCAGGAGAACACAAACCUAGUGCACAGGGUACACGAGCUGGAGGAGCAGCUGAAGGAACAGGAGGCGCGAGCUGAGCAGAUCAUGGAAAGCGAGCUGAGGAGACACCGAGACGCCUUCAACAAACUGGAACGAGACAAGAAGACAGAGAUCGAGAUACUCAAUAACCGGGUGCAGCAGUUGGAGGUGGAGAACACAGAGAUGUUGGCCAGUGUGAACAGACUGAAAAUGCAGACGGAGAAGCUUGAUGAGGAGAAGCAGCGGAUGACGGAUAAGCUGGAGGACACCAGUCUCCGUCUGAAAGAUGAAAUGGAUUUGUACAGGAAGAUGAUGGACAAACUGAGACAGAACCGGAACGACUACCAGAGGGAGAGAGAAGCCAUGCAGGAGCUGAUUGAGGAACUCCGGCGAGAACUUGAGCACUUGCAGCUCUACAAGCUGGAGGCGGAGCGUCUGGGGCGGAUCCGAAGGUCAUCGAUCAGCCUAUCAGAUUACAGCACACGGACUCGCGAGAGCGACCUGGAACAGGAAAUGAAGCGUCUCAAACAGCGCUGUGUUUUGCAGGACAUUCCUCCUGACCUCCAGCAGCGAGCAUGUGUUAGCACAUGGCUCUAUGCGGAGAACCAGAGACUCCGUGAACAAAACGAAGAGCUCAAUGGGCAGAUCAUCAGUCUGAGUCUCCACGAAGCCAAGAACCUGAUCUCCACUCAGACGAAAGCUCAGUCCCUGGCUGCGGAAAUCGAAAACGCUUCACGUGACCAGUUAAUGGAAGCCCUGAAGGAGCAGGAGGAGAUCAACAUCCGUCUCAGGCAGUACAUGGACAAGAUUAUAUUAUCCAUCCUCGACCACAACCCCUCCAUCUUGGAGAUUAAGUACUAAUAAACAAGCUCUUAGUAUUUAAAACGAAAAACUGGCCGUUUGUCGCCCCCUGCUGCCGUGGAGGUGGAACUGCGCUCUUCCGAAGGGUUUUGAACUUCCUUUUGUGAAGCGUGUUCUUCAUGAUCCCUUUGUGAGACUUCAGGACGUGAUUGGUCCUUGGUGCUGUAUGUGAUGGAUUGAGGGAACAGCCACUGCAACGGCGGGAUGAAGGAUUCAAAGCGUCCAGAGGAACUGGUCUUUUUCUGGAUGUUAUUUUUGUACUUGUCUCAAAGCUGCUGAUUUGGGGAUUGAUUCGGUGUUAAGUAAGUCGGUCAGAGAGAAGUACGAGUCUGGGAAAGUGUCGGAGUUGGGAAGAGGAAGUGAGAGAUGGAAAAUGAGUCGUCGAAUAAAGCACAUCCUGGUUUCCUUAUGAAGUUUGCGAUGUUAAAAGGGCGGGGCUAAACUUAUAAAUCCUGUCUGCCAAUCGCAGGUUUAAGUCACUAAACCAUCCUACAUGAAACACUGGUUAGAAGAGCUAAUGCUAACAGUGCUAAUACCUCAGCAGUUCUCUAGCUUCAGUAGCAUUAAGCUAAUUAAAAUAUCAUAAUUUUAAGCUGUGAAGAAACUUGUAGCAGAGAAGUGAAAUGUUUCUUCUGAUGUCACCUGACCACAUUUGUGAUUGGCUCAUCCGAUUUAAGUUUGGCCCCGCCCCUUUUGAACCCAGAAGUCCCAGUCGCUCUGUAAUCACGGCUUUACUUGGGGGCAUGAGCUGAUGUUACCUUUCCACCUGAUGACGUCACAAUCUUUCUGCUUGUCCUCAUUGGCUUACAUUUAAAUCAUCCUGGAUUUGGAUUCUUUUCCUCCAAAUGAAGGGCUUUUAGAAGAUUUCUGAAUAAAACUUUCUCAGGAGAAACAAUUCCCUGUAACACUGAACCCUCUCAUUAUCAGAGGAUGUAAUAUAAAGUGAUUAGCGGCACAUGUCUGCUGAGGAAGAGCAGCAUCAGCGUUAUGAAUGUGUCUGUAACGUCGCCUCGUCAUGUCCUUGCAAGUGCUUCCUGUUUUUAAGAUCUUACAAAGAAUGCUGCUGAAGUAGACCAUCAUCAUCAGGGUCUUCUCUUUAUUUCAGAAGUGUUUUCAUUUACGGCAUUCUCUUCUUUUUCAUUUUACUCUAAUGCUAACUCGCUUCUUAUGCAAAUUAGCUAUAAAUUGGAUAACGAAGCACUCGUCUGAUGUUGAGUACCAGCUUAUUUCGGGUGAGCGGAACUUUCAUUACCUUUUCAGCCAAAGUUUCCCUAACAUUCUGGACAGGUUCUUGACCUCUCAGUGCCAGGUAUUGGCUCAGUAUUGGGAUUUGCACGUCACUGAACUGGGUUUGUCAUGUUUUCGGUGGUCGGGGCAGUUCUGAUGAUGUGCUACACACCUGUUUUGGGUUUCCACUAAUAACUUUUUUUUUUUUUUUUUCCUUUACGAGGUAAAGUGCCUCAUAUCCACUGAGCUACUUUACCUUUGCACCAUGAACGCAUGAACAUUAUUUUUCAGAUUUUUCAAGUGUUUGUGCCUUUUUUUUUUUUUUAAAGCCGUCCCACUGACAGACCGCUGAUUGUUUCUUGCACCUUUUUUGAAUCGUGCUCCAUUUCAGUGCAAUUUCUAAACAAAUUGUAAAUACUGUAAAGCGAUCUGUAACAUUCACACAUUUUCUAAACCAUUCACUUUUUUCUACACCUCUGUUGUAUAGUUUAGCUUUCACUUUUUCACUGAAUAUCUCCUCGCUCUGAAAGCAAUAAUAUACCACUACUUUAGCGACAGAAGCCGAAUGCUAGCUGGGGUUAACGCAGGGGUAGUGUGCUAACCAGGCUACCGUGGCUUAUGAUGUCCACUUUGUUUCUUCUUUAAUCGUUUAAUCAGAUUUCUCAUUCUGACCGUUGACUUUUGUAAAGACGUUUCCUAUGCAGGGAAAUGUUAAAUGCCUCGGAUUAGCAUCUUGUUAAUUUAUUAAUGUGAACUGGAGUAUUGUUACACCUUUUUCUUUUCUUCAUUAUUUUUUUUAAUGGGAUGUACUGUGCUGUCCUGAAACAUGCCUGAAGGAGUCAACAUCAGCAUGUUGGAGAUCAGUAGAAUGUAACUUUGGCUAGAAUUUUGGCAAUAAAUUCUAAAUUCAA